GAAUACAUUCAUGAUCUACACCUUGCACUCUUUAUCACGUAGCCCACUGAGGACAAAAUGUUGAAGGUUUUCCUUAUCUCUGCUCUCCUCCUCCUCACCUCCCAAGCUGCAAAGUAUCAAAGGACUGUCAAAUAUGACAAUGAGAUACUAAUUAGAUGCCCAACUGGUGUUGAAGGAAUGAAAGAGUUCCUGCAACGUGAUGAUGUUGACGUAUGGCGUGUCACUCCUGAUGGACUGGCUGACAUCAGGAUUAACAAAAACCUCAUCCAAGGAACUGAUAUCAUUUUAAAGCAAUGCACUACAAUCGCUGAUGUUGAGGAAUUGGUCCAACAAUUUGAGAACAUGACUGCAUCAGUGAGACUCCAUGGUCAAGCACAGCAGGAAUGGCACGAGGAAUAUCAUAGGUAUGAUGAAAUAUAUGAUUGGUACAAGGAAUUGGCUGAGCAAUGUGGUGAACGAUGCCAAUUUAAUUCCUCUAUUGGAGGAUCACUGGAAGGCCGGGUCAUGCCUGCUUUUCAUGUUGGAAGCCCGGCAGUUGGAAAAAUAUACUUCCAAUGUCAGAUUCAUGCUCGUGAAUGGAUAUCUGGAGCAACUUGCAUGUACAUAGCUGAUUCCUUAACUAAUAAUCCUGAAGGCUUAGACAUGAUUUCAAAAGUUUUGGACGAUGUGGAAUUUAUAUUUGUUCCUCUUGUCAACCCUGAUGGAUAUGAAUAUACAUGGACUGGUGAUCGUCUGUGGAGGAAGAAUAGACGAGAAAAUUCUGGAUCAGCUUGUAUAGGUGUAGAUCUGAACAGAAACUACAAUGACCACUGGAAUGAGGGAGGUAGUUCAAGUAAUCCUUGCAGUGAGACAUAUCAUGGUGUGAGUGCUGCCUCUGAACCAGAAACACAAAACACACAAAGCUACUUCAAAACCAAUGGUCCUAUCAUAGGUGCCAUUGACUGGCACUCUUAUAGUCAACUUAUACUGCGACCAUACGGAUGGACAAAUCAAGAUUCUCCUGAUGAAACCCAGUUGAAGGAAAUUGGUGACGAAAUGAGUGAAAAAAUUAAAGCUGUUUUUGGUGAAACCUACACGUCACAGAAAUCCAUCGGUCUUUAUCCUACUAGUGGCACAGCCUCUGAUUGGUUUUACGGUGAGGAUGCAACUUCAACAAAUGGAGCCUAUCGUGCUGCUGGUUAUACUGUUGAACUGAGGGAUACUGGAUCUUAUGGUUUCCUACUCCCACCAGAACAGAUUAUACCAACUGGCAUGGAAAAUCUUGCUGCAGUUUUGGAAUUUGCACAAAGACUUAUUGAUGAUCCGAUUCCUAAUCCUAAUAAUUCUCACAAGAAGUAAAGAGGAUUAGAAACUGUAUUGAUAUGCUACAUAAAAGCUAAAAUAUACCCAAAUAAAACUUACAUAGCUGUUAUUUUUAUUUGCUGGUGAUUUUAUUAAUACAUAGUCAUUAUUUUGUGCUGAAAAUCAUGAUUGCUGCUA